AUUGUAUUGAAUAUUCACAGGAGUAUUGUACGUUUUCUGAGACACAUCGUGCAAAAUUUACUGUAACAUGAAAAAUUAUGUCAUCGAGACAUCGAAGGAUUUCCAUUGUUAAGCUCGAUCGGAUCAAUCAUAUCGCUUUAUGAGACGGGGCCCUGAAGUGCACUUCGUUACUUCGCAUUUUGAUAAUUCGUAUAAGGUCGGGCGCAUUUUACGAACUGUUUCAUAAAAUCCCCUCUGAGUUGUAGCGGGAAUAAACGCAUCCUCAACAAAUAAGGAAAUAAAACGGCACGUAAAAUCUCAUUUCGCUUUGUACAGUGUUUACACGCAUUUGGUUACCCCGACGAGAGAAGUCAACUGCGAUUUGCUUCAUUUCAUAAAAAGAAGAAACAAAGUCUUUAUUGUCAAUCGGUAUGAUAUAUUAGAUGUAUUUAAAGAUAAUUGUGAUGGAGACCGCGUUAUUGAUCACAUUGCUAUUUUUGGGUCUCAGUGAAAUUGCAUGGCGCGUCUCUGGAAUUGAAGUUCGUUUCAUUGGAGGAGGAGACGAAAGACGAGGGCGAGUAGAGGUCCAUCAUGAUGGGCUCUGGGGUAGUAUCUGUGACGAUGGCUGGGAUAUCCAAGAUGCCAUGGUAGUCUGCCGAAAACUUGGCUUUCGGAACGCAUCAGCGGCCACUGGGUAUGCAGCAUAUGGCACUGGAUCCGGUCCCAUCUUUCUGGAUAAUGUAGACUGCAGUGGACAAGAAAUGGAUCUAGAAGAUUGCAGUCAUAAUGGAUUUGAAGUUCAUGAUUGUCAGCAUAGCGAGGACGCCGGCGUAGAAUGCAUACCAAAAGAUCUGCAAGUACGGCUAGUUGGCGGGGAUUCUGCCUUAGAGGGUCGCGUAGAGGUGUUCUACAACGGUUCCUGGGGAACAGUCUGCGAUGACGACUGGAGCUUCAGUGACGCCAGAGUUGUAUGCCGAAUGUUGGGCUUUCAAACAGCCGUUAGGAUCACCACCAACGCCGAGUUUGGAGAAGGUUCUGGAAGCAUUCUUUUGGAUGAUGUUAGAUGCGUCGGGAAUGAACGUAACCUUGCGGAAUGCUAUCACAGUGGGUAUGGCAUUCAUAAUUGUGGACACUCAGACGACGCAGGAGUGGUCUGCAGUUUAAAUGUUCUACAGGUUCGUCUUGUCGGUGGGCAAUCAGCCUUAGAAGGUCGCGUAGAGGUGUUCUAUGACGGUUCUUGGGGAACAGUUUGCGAUGAUAACUGGAGCUCGAAUGACGCCAAAGUUGUAUGCCGAAUGUUGGGCUUCCAAAUGGCCACUCGAGCAGCCUACGGAGCUGAGUUCGGAGAAGGGUCUGGAGGUAUUCUUUUGGAUGAUGUUAACUGCAUCGGGAAUGAACGCAACCUUGCAGACUGCUCUCACAAUGGAUAUGGGAUUCAUAAUUGUGGACACUCAGAAGAUGCAGGGGUGGUCUGCGGUAAUGAUGUUAAUGAUGAACUGGAAGUCCGUCUUAUUGAUGGACAAUCAGCCUCAGAAGGUCGUGUAGAGGUGUUCUAUGACGGUUCCUGGGGCACAGUUUGCGAUGACGGCUGGAACUUGAGAGACGCAAGAGUUGUAUGCCGAAUGUUGGGCUUUCAAACAGCCGUCCGGGCAGCCAGCAGUGCUGAGUUUGGAAGAGGUUCUGGAAGUAUUAUUUUGGAUGAUGUUGGAUGCAUCGGGAAUGAAGGCAACCUUGGGGAAUGCUCUCACAGGGGAUAUGGGAUUCAUAAUUGUGGGCACUCAGAAGAUACAGGGGUGGUCUGUGGCAAAGCCGAUGGGCGAAUUGAAAUUCGCCUUGCAGGUGGAAGGGAGCAAAAUGAAGGCCGCGUAGAAAUGCUGUAUAACUCAUCGUGGGGUACACUUUGUGGGCUAGGAUGGGACUUAAAGGAGGCCGACGUGGCCUGUCGACUGUUAGGUUUCCUAGGUGCUUCAGACGUUCUCCAUAACGCUGCAUUCGGCGAAGGGACUGGGAAGGUACUUCUGGAAGACAUCUUGUGUCUUGGAUCGGAGGACACCUUGAUGAACUGUACCUUCAUGUCCCUAGAGGCUGUCGACUGCCCCCACAAUCUGGAUGUUGGAGUCAUGUGCAAAGUUGAAGGUUCGCUGAUGUUGCAGAAAUCAUCUAGCGAAAUGGCGUCAACCAGAAAUCCAGAAAAUUACUCGGAACACCAAGAUCGAACAUCGAACUUGAUACCACCUGUUGGAAAGAGUCGUAAUCCCCAUUUGGCUAUUUUAUUGGUUGGGACGAUCCUGGCAGUGUUUUGUGCUAUUUUGAUUGUUGCAGUUCUCUUCGGGUACUAUCGCAUCAGAAGAUUGAGGGAGACGAUAAAGGUCCAGGGUAUACAGCCUUGUUCAAAUGUGACUGGAUUCCCGAAAGAAGAUUCAUCAUAUGAAACACUCGACUUGCCCAAGACUACAACAGGAACUGAUGAAAAGAUAUGCCCCGGAAAACACCUCUACACGGGCUUAAAGGUGUCUGGAAUUAGCCCUACAGACCAGGUCUACACAGAAAUGGCAAUUUCGAAGGAUUGCGAUGACGAAAGUCUUGGUUGCAGUUAUAAAUCUUCAAAACCCUCUAAUGGCAUCAGGCAAAAGGCUGGCAGGCUUGGUACUCGAGAGAGGGACAUUCCAUUGCCCUCGGAACCGUUGGACCCCAUAUAUGCUAAUUGCUGAUUACACUCUAUCUAAGUAUCUUCUGGCUUUAUACAUUUAGGGGGAGGCGCGAUAGCUCAGUCGGUAGAGCGGGGGUUUCGGAUUCCGGUGACCCGGGUUCGAUUCAGAAGUGAUGCGCUAGUGCCCUUUGGUAAGGCAUUUAUCCUCAUUAUCAGGUCCUACGGAGACGACCUUAAUCCGUUGGUCCCCUGGUUGCUGGCUCACAGGCAUUCAUGCUUUCUUAGCAGUCAGGUAAAAAAACAUCGGUAUAACAUAAUAGGGGGCAUAUGCAAAAACUCAACAUGGAAUGGAAAAAGGGUGACAUAAAAUAUAUAUUUUUUUAGUAGUAAGUCAAAUUCUAUCAGAGAAUAUGAGAAAAUUCAAAAGCUUUUCAAAAUUUGCCAUUCUUGUGUAUACAAUUUCAAGUUUAUUCCACUUCAAAAAUACACCUGAAAAUGCCGUACUGAUAACUUUAUGUAGGAAAUACGUUCAAUAUACACACUUGAAAUGUUGGGCAAAAUACUGUCGACUGUGUUUGGUAAUGUAUGAAAGGUUUGUUGCCUAGUGAUGGUUAAAAAAUUUGCCUUUUUUGCCGUGCCUCUUUAAGAGUGUACGUAGUUUGUGUGUAUUAUUAUGCAUAUAAUUGCGAUCAUUAGAUUAAGUUAUAUGAUUAUUGUAUCCAGGAGUUUAUGAUGCUCAUGAUAUUCCACUCAGACGAAAUGUAAUUUGAUCAGAUUGUACCAAAAUAAUGCACUCGCACCAACUUUAACCGACUACAAGAUUUUCAAGAUUGUCAAAUGUUUAUAACAGUUAGAUGUUCCCUGCUAUUAAACUGUCUAGAAAUAUGAGGCUGACAGUCAUAUUACAUAUUAUAUGAAGAUGUUGAUUAAGUUUAAUUAACAUUCUAUCAUUCACCGUAUCCACCGGCUCCGCCACCCCUGUUACUUCAAAAUUAAUGUGCUAUAGUUUUUGUUCCUGAUAUGAAAUUGAUCUUAUUUAUAAUAAUAUAUUCAGCCUAAACUUCUAGCUUCAAAAUGAGAUCUUACUCAAUACAUUUGGUCUAGGUGCUGUCAUGUAGCAACAAUUUAAUCCAUGGCACCCUUUUGCACACCCAACUUAUGAAAUGCGAGCACACAUUAUCCUACAACAAGAAAUACGAAUAAUGUUGCUUAAUUCGUAAUUAUGAAAUACACAAAAUAGCACUGUGGACUAUACAUAGACAAUUAUGGUGUGUUUGUAUAAACCAUCCUAUACUCUUACUAUUUAAUACGAUGGAACAGAAUAUAGUUGCUUAAAAAUUUUAACUCUUGUGAAUAUGUAUAGAACGCACCUUAAAGAGCCAUUCAGUGGCGUAACUACGUGGGGGGGGGGGGGGCACGUGCCCCCCCCAUCGUUUGCCAAAGGAAAAAAACGGGGGGGGGGGGAGAAGAAAAAGAAACGUAGUGGGAAAGAAUAGAUUAUUGUACAUUAUAAUAUGAUAUAUUAUACUAAUAUACUUUAUACUUUAUGAAACAUAAUUUGCGCAGGGCCUGUGUGUUCAACUUUCCUGGUGCUCGCAAUGUCUGUUUUAGGAGAUAUAUAAUCAUGUUGUACAAAACAUCCCACUUUCAAGUCAAUAUUUACCAAAUAUAUUUCCUCGCACUUCGAGUUAUUAUUGUUUU